CUCUCAUCUCAUAUUUUCUCCCUCCUUCCCUCAAAUAUCUAAUUUUCUCUCUCCUAGGGUUUUUCUCUCUCCUCAAAUCAACGUCAAACAAUGAUGCAACCAGGACAACAACCAGGCAUGGUUGCUCCACAACCUCCAUCAAUGGCGGCGCAACCUCCUAUGGAUCAACACUACCAUCAACAAUAUCAACAACAGCAACAACAACAACAACAGCAGCCAUGGAUGGCUCAACAACAGCAGCAACAAGCACCACAACAGGUGUGGGCUCAACAACCUGCGCAACAGUAUCAGCAACAACCGCAACAACAACCGCCUGCUAACGCUGAUGAGAUUCGUACUCUUUGGAUUGGAGAUCUGCAGUAUUGGAUGGACGAGAAUUAUAUUCGUACUUGUUUCGCUCAAUCCGGCGAGCUUGUUAAUGUUAAAAUCAUCCGUAAUAAGCAAACCAUGCAGUCAGAGUGCUAUGGAUUUAUUGAGUUUUCCACCCAUGCUGCUGCUGAAAGGAUUUUGCAGACUUACAAUAACACCUUGAUGCCAAAUGUUGAGCAAAACUACAGACUGAAUUGGGCUUUCUAUGGAUCUGGUGAGAAGCGUGGAGAGGAUGCUUCUGAUUAUACAAUUUUUGUUGGGGAUUUAGCUCCAGAUGUUACUGAUUACACAUUGCAAGAGACAUUUAGAGUUCGCUAUCCAUCUGUAAAAGGUGCUAAGGUUGUGAUAGAUAGACUGACAAGUAGAUCAAAGGGUUAUGGAUUUGUUCGUUUCGGAGAUGAAAGUGAACAAGCACGUGCCAUGUCAGAGAUGAAUGGAAUGAUGUGCUUAGGCCGUGCAAUGCGUAUUGGAGCAGCUGCAAACAAGAAAAGUGUUGGCGGAACAGCUUCAUAUCAGAAUAAUCAGGGAACUCCAAAUGACAGUGAUCCGAGUAACACUACUAUAUUUGUUGGCAAUUUGGAUUCUAAUGUGACUGAUGAACAUUUGAGACAAACAUUUAGCCCUUACGGAGAAUUGGUCCAUGUAAAAAUUCCUGCGGGCAAACAGUGCGGGUUUGUUCAAUUUACUAACAGAAGUAGUGCUGAGGAAGCAUUGAGGGUAUUGAACGGAAUGCAAUUAGGCGGACGAAAUGUUAGACUUUCGUGGGGCCGUAGUCCUAACAACAGACAGUCUCAACCUGACCAGAACCAGUGGAACAAUGCUGCUUAUUAUGGUUAUCCUCAAGGAUACGACUCUUAUGGAUAUGUAUCUGCUCCUCAAGACCCAAACAUGUACUAUGGUGGCUACCCUGGUUAUGGUGGUUACGCGAUGCCUCAGCAGGCUCAGAUGCCAUUGCAACAACAGUGAUCUACCUUAUGCCAAGCAGGAGAGGUCGGUUGCCAGGGAGCUGUCAUUGUACUUGGAGGCUGAGCUUCUGGAGUUGGAUGAUUCCUCCCAGAGAUGGCAGAAUGUAGUAUAACUUGGUCAUUGUGCUGGUCGAAUUUUAUUUACUGUCUUGGGUUUUUGCUCUGUGCUGCUUUUUUGUAGCUUGCUUUUGGUGCGGCUUUUGUUAUGUUGAGAUUUAUAAUACAUGAAAUUUAUAUGCUGUUGUGAGUUUUGAUCA